UGGUCAGUUUCAACAUCUCGUUCCCAGCAGCAUUUAUGAAACACAUUUACUGUUAACAAUCAUUUACAAUAUUGCAAUUUUUCAAGUAUUUGUCGUGUUAGCAUACAGAUGACCUCUAUGGUUAGCUACAUAUUAAGUACCAAUUUAGUCAGUUUUAGCUGGGAGCUCGUAAUGAUGAGACAUAUUCUCCUUUAUUGAGUAUAAUGUAUAUAGGUAUUAAUUAUUCAUUAAUGUUCCUUAUUAUUUGUGUGCAUAAUGCAACAUGGUACUAAGUGUGCACGGAUAGUGGUCGUGCAAAGUGAUCGCAAAGGUGAUACCAAUAUAAACGAGGAAGCAGAUUUGUAUAAUAGCUAGUUUUCAAUUACUAUUGCACACUGCAACACUCGAACUAUUUUGUACUUCAGACAAUCUUGAAAUGGGUGAUACUGCACAGAGUGCUAAUAUACAACCGCCGGAUUCAUUUGAUUUUCAAAAACCAGAGUUGUGGCCAAUAUGGGUGACACGGUUUGAAAGGUACAUGUCAGUGGCUAAACUUUCUAAUAGCCCUUCAUUAGAAAAGGUUGAUUUACUUUGCUACACUAUGGGUGUCGAAGCAGAAGAAAUUCUGGCUCGUAUAAUUCCGGAUGCUGCUAGCCGAAGAGAAUAUAGCACUGUUAAAAUCAAAUUUGAUGAGUUUUUUGCUUCAAAAAAGAAUGUAGUGUUUGACAGAUACAAAUUCAAUGCAAGAAUACAACAACUUGGUGAGUCUGUUGACACGUUUAUAACAGCUUUGUACUCUUUGGCUGAUAAGUGUGAGUAUUCCAUACUCAAAAAAGGUCUCAUCAGAGAUCGCAUUGUUGUCGGCAUUGCUGAUAAAAAAGUUUCUCAGCGAUUACAAUUGAGUUCGUAUAUUCCUCUGGAUGAAGCUAUAACGAUCGCGAGGCAAGCAGAGACUCAAACCAACAAAGCUAGGAAUCUACGACUCAAUGAAAUUCAACCAUCCAGUGUUAAUAAGCUAUAUGGCGAUAAGAAGAAGUUUGGCAUAAAAGUUGACAGGAAUAACAUCAGCAACCGAUUGUUGUCUUCAUCAUCAACAACAUCGUUGCAUAAGAAGUUUUUCAACUCGAACUACACCAGUACGAGAUGUGGCUGUGAGCGUCAUUAUCAAGAUAAACGGUGCUGGGCUUUAAAUUCAAAAAGGCCGUAAGUGUAAGCUUAAUGGUCAUUGGGACCGUAUACAUAUAUAAAACAAAGAUUCUGAUAUAGAUGUUGAUACGUAUUUCUUGGUAUGAUCAAAAGGGAUAAGCCGAUAACAAAUAAAUAUACUGCUGAGAUGUAUGUGAGGGAAUUGAAUAAAAUAGUUGAUUUUUACUUGGACACUGGGGCAGAGGUUACUUGUUUUCCGUACAAAGAGUUAAAAUUAUUGUCUGAUUUGUUGUUGAAAGGGCGUAAAGCCGAUAAGUCAAUUUAAGGCCCUGAUUUUUCUGAGUCAAAAGUAGUUGGGAAUCUAGAUUUACAUUUAACGUAUAACGACAAAACUGUUUGUGUAAAAUCAUAUGUAAUCAAAGGUCUAAAUAAAAUUAUUUUGCGGCAA